GUGCGCUGUCUCUUAUCAUAUCACCAGCACUAGUGUUCAUCUAUAUUCCUUCUACCGAACCACUUCGGGAGUGAUACAGGAUUAACUUCAUCUGUUUUACCUCAAAGAUUUGUCUUGCGAGCGUCGAAAGAGUUUGGACAAGAAACUACCUUUGUCUCCAUUUUUAUUUCCUGGACAUAGGCUAUCUAACACACGGAAAAGAAAAUGCGUCUCAUCCAGAACAUGACGACCAUUGCGGAGUAUUCAGCAGCGGAGAGCUCGGUCCCCAACCGGGUCAUUAAAAUGGCUGUGAUAGGAGGCAGCGGAGUUGGAAAAACAGCGCUCGUGGUGAGAUUCCUAACAAGGCGUUUCAUCGGAGACUAUGAGAGAAAUGCUGGUAAUCUGUACUCCAGAGAAGUCCAGGUGGACGGAGAGCAAGUGACCAUCCAGGUUCAAGACACUCCUGGUGUGGAGAUGACUGAUAAUGGCAUCAAUCUACCUGAUCAUGUGACCUGCUCCAUCCAGUGGGCUGAUGCAGUGGUGCUGGUGUACUCUGCGACAGACCAGCGUAGCUUCGAUUUGAUCGAACAGCUGCACCAGCUGGUUGUUCGUACCGGAGGCGCCAACAUGCCUCCGGUCAUCCUGCUGGCCAAUAAGGUGGACCUGCUGCACCUGAGGCGGGUCGACUCCCAGCAGGGCUCUUUGCUGGCGGGAACACUGGGCUGCUCUUUCUAUGAAGUGUCUGCCAGCGAGGACUACAACCAGGUGCACAAGGCUUUCCACAGGCUGUGCUGCCAGCUAGCCAAGCAGCCGCCUCCUGCCUCCAACUCUGCCGGCGCUGCCACAGAGAAGAGGCGCUCGCCCCUCAUCCCUAGGCCAAAGUCUCCCAAUAUGCAAGACCUGAAGAGGCGCUUCAAGCAAGCACUGUCAGCGAAAGUCAGGACAGUCACCUCAGUGUGAAGAGCACCAAAAGUUGAAAAUGGUCCCGGGUGACCAGAGAAACGAAAGCACUCCGUGUGGACGAAAAAAAAAAGUCUGAAUCAGUCUGGCUGAAGAAGGCAGAUGUGAAAUGAACAGCGGUGAGCUCUAAGUAGCGAGAGGCUGAUUAAUCUUGGUAAUGACCUCUAAGUGGCAGGUGUCUGCUCUGUCAGAUACCAUGUGUGAGGAAAGGCAGUGAGGAGCUUCAUCAUCUGUUCGGGGGAAGAAUCGACACCUGUGGACACAGAAGCAGCUGUGUGAGGCUGACUGAGCCCCGGACUCUCUGCAUAUAAAAUCAAAAAACUGUAAAGCAAGCUCUCCUGGCAACAGCAGCGCGGAGAGACGGCUUAUGUUUAGCCGUGCUGCCCAUUGUGGCUUUUCUGUAUUCAGACUGCCACUGCAUGGCACCACUACAUUGGCUGGUGUUACUAUACCAGCCUCUGGAGCCAGGGCUCUGUGCAGCCGUGUGUGUUCUCACUCUUGUAUGUAAAUACCUGCAGUAUAUUUUCGCAGCAUCCAGAACCAUCACUGUGCAGAACGGUGAGGGGCUGAGGGGGUGGGCGUUUGUAGCCGGGCAGCAGACACACUAUGUAGCGGCGGUUAUUAUCACUGAUGCACUUUAUUAAAAGGAAUGACCCAAAGGGCUUAUUGUUAUUUAUUUGUUACAAAUGUUUUUUGUUCACAAUAAAAAUGAUGAAUUUGA